CACCCUGAUCCCAGAAUAUCAGGGUCCUUGUGAAGGUUCAGACCCCUGUCUCCCCAUCUAAGAAGACUAUGUCACCCAAUCCAAAGAUGGGGGAAUCUGAGGAUCACAGAAACCUUCUUCACUCAGUAUCAGCCUUCUGUGCCGAGCCAGACCCAGGAAGCCUCUGUCCAGAGCCCAGUUCUCCACGCCUGUCCAGGCACACAGCCUUCCCAGGAUCAACAAGGCCACAUCAUAAAUCCUGGAACACUCUGCAAUGCUUUCUGAAGCAAAGACUCAUUUUGGAGAUGUUUAAUAAGUCAUUUGGAACCCCCUUUGGGGGUGGCACAGGUGGCUUUGGCACAACUUCAACAUUUGGGCAGAAUACUGGGUUUGGCACUACUAGUGGAGGGGCAUUUGGAACAUCUGCAUUUGGUUCUAGCAACAAUACUGGAGGCCUAUUUGGAAAUUCACAGACCAAACCAGGAGGAUUAUUUGGUACCAAUUCAUUUAGUCAGCCAGCUACCUCCACAAGCACUGGAUUUGGGUUUGGUACAUCAACAGGAACGUCAAAUAGCUUGUUUGGAACUGCAAGUACAGGGACCAGUCUCUUCUCAUCUCAAAACAAUGCCUUUGCACAAAAUAAACCAACUGGCUUUGGGAAUUUUGGAACAAGUACUAACAGUGGAGGACUCUUCGGAACUACAAAUACCACCUCUAAUCCUUUUGGUAGUACAUCUGGUUCACUUUUUGGGCCAAGUAGUUUUACAGCAGCACCUACUGGGACUACUAUUAAGUUUAACCCUCCAACUGGAACGGAUACUAUGGUCAAAGCUGGAGUGAGCACUAACAUCAGUACCAAGCACCAGUGUAUUACUGCUAUGAAAGAAUAUGAAAGCAAGUCAUUAGAGGAACUUCGUUUAGAGGAUUAUCAGGCUAACCGGAAAGGCCCCCAGAACCAGGUGGGAGCAGGUACCACAACUGGCUUGUUUGGGUCUUCUCCAGCCACCUCCAGUGCAACAGGACUCUUCAGCUCUUCUACUACUAAUUCAGGAUUUGCAUAUGGUCAGAACAAAACUGCCUUUGGAACGAGUACAACUGGAUUUGGAACAAAUCCAGGUGGUCUCUUUGGCCAGCAGAAUCAGCAGACUACUAGCCUCUUCAGCAAACCAUUUGGCCAGGCUACAACCACACAGAACACUGGUUUUUCCUUUGGUAAUACCAGCACCCUUGGACAACCAAGCACCAACACCAUAGGUUUAUUUGGAGUAACACAAGCCUCACAACCAGGAGGUCUUUUUGGGACAGCCACAAACACCAGUACUGGGACAGCAUUUGGAACAGGAACAGGUCUCUUUGGGCAGACCAAUACUGGGUUUGGUGCAGUUGGUUCGACCCUGUUUGGCAAUAACAAGCUUACUACCUUUGGAACCAGCACAACCAGUGCUUCUUCAUUUGGUACAACCAGUGGCGGGCUCUUUGGUUUUGGCACAAAUACCAGUGGGAAUAGUAUUUUUGGAAGUAAACCAGCACCUGGGACUCUGGGAACUGGGCUUGGUGCAGGAUUUGGAACAGCUCUUGGUGCUGGACAGGCAUCUUUGUUUGGGAACAACCAACCUAAGAUCGGAGGGCCUCUUGGUACAGGAGCCUUUGGGGCCCCUGGAUUUAAUACUACGACAGCCACUUUGGGCUUUGGCGCCCCCCAGGCCCCAAUAGCUUUGACAGAUCCAAACGCUUCUGCUGCCCAGCAGGCUGUUCUCCAACAGCAUCUCAAUAGUUUAACUUACUCACCUUUUGGAGACUCCCCUCUCUUCCGGAAUCCUAUGUCAGACCCUAAGAAGAAAGAAGAGAGAUUGAAACCAACAAAUCCAGCAGCCCAGAAGGCUCUUACUACACCUACUCAUUAUAAACUGACACCCCGGCCUGCUACUAGAGUCCGUCCAAAGGCUUUACAAACAACAGGCACAGCCAAAUCACAUCUCUUUGAUGGGCUGGAUGAUGAUGAACCAUCCCUAGCCAAUGGAGCAUUCAUGCCCAAGAAGAGCAUCAAGAAGUUGGUUUUGAAGAAUCUUAAUAAUAGCAAUCUCUUUUCUCCUGUUAAUCGUGAUUCAGAAGAUCUAGGUUCACCAUCUGAUUAUCCAGAAAAUGGAGAGAGAUUUAGUUUUCUGAGCAAACCUGUAGAUGAGAACCAUCAGCAGGACGGAGAUGAUGAUUCUCUUGUAUCGCGCUUUUAUACUAACCCUAUUGCCAAACCCAUUCCUCAAACCCCAGAGAAUUCUGGAAAUAAACACAACAAUAGCAACAGCGUGGAUGAUACAUUUGUUGCAUUAAACAUGAGGGUCGCUUUGCGAAAUGGACUGGAAGGUAGCAGUGAAGAAACCUCAUUCCAUGAUGAGUCACUGCAAGAUGACAGAGAAGAAAUAGAAAAUAAUGCUUAUCAUCUGCAUCCAGCAGGCAUUGUUCUCACUAAGGUUGGUUACUACACUAUUCCAUCUAUGGAUGAUCUUGCCAAAAUUACCAAUGAAAAAGGAGAGUGCAUUGUCUCUGACUUCACCAUUGGUCGUAAAGGUUAUGGCUCUAUCUAUUUUGAAGGAGAUGUGAAUUUGACCAAUCUAAAUUUGGAUGAUAUUGUGCAUAUCCGAAGGAAAGAAGUUAUCGUCUACUUAGAUGAUAACCAGAAACCACCUGUGGGUGAAGGACUAAAUAGGAAGGCCGAAGUUACGUUGGAUGGGGUUUGGCCAACAGAUAAAACAUCCCGUUGUUUAAUAAAGAGCCCAGAUCGACUUGCUGAUAUCAACUAUGAGGGGAGACUGGAAGCAGUUUCAAGGAAGCAGGGAGCUCAGUUCAAAGAGUACCGACCUGAAACUGGUUCUUGGGUGUUUAAGGUUUCCCAUUUUUCUAAAUAUGGGCUUCAAGAUUCUGAUGAAGAGGAGGAGGAACAUCCAUCCAAAACUAGUACAAAGAAGUUGAAGACUGCCCCUUUGCCUCCUGCAGGCCAAACUACCCCUUUUCAGAUGGCUCUUAAUGGCAAACCUGCACCUCCACCUCAGAGCCAGAGCCCAGAGGUGGAACAGUUAGGGAGGGUUGGACUGGACAGUGACAUGGUAGAUAUCACCCAGGAGCCAGUUUUGGAUUCCGUGUUAGAAGAGAGCGUGCCUGAGGAUCAGGAACCUGUGUCUGCCUCAACACACAUUGCAUCUUCACUGGGAAUUAAUCCACAUGUCUUACAGAUCAUGAAAGCAUCACUGCUUGCUGACGAAGAAGAUGUAGAUACAAUGGAUCAACACUUCAGUCAUCUUUCUUCCAAAGGAGAUACUUCUCAAGAAAUCUGUUCUCCCAGACUCCCCAUUUCAGCAUCCCAUUCAUCGAAAUCCCGUUCACUAGCUGGUGGAUUACUACAGUCAAAAUUUACAAGUGGAGUUUUUCUUUCACCAAGUGCCUCUGUGCAAGAAUGUCGCACUCCCAGAGUAUCAUCUUUAAUGAAUAUCCCAUCCACAUCGCCUUGGUGUCCCCCCCCCCUGACCACUGUGUUUACAGUGCCCAGCCCAGCCCCUGAGGUUCAGUUGAAAACAGUGGGUACACGCAGGCAACCAGGCCGUCCUCUUGAAAAGUCUGUUACAUUUGGCAAGGGAAAACUCUUGAUGGACAUGGCCCUAUUCAUGGGACGAUCAUUUCGAGUUGGUUGGGGCCCCAACUGACUCUCGCUAAUAGUGGAGAACACUGAAUGGCUGUCAUGAACUGGAAAUCAUCACAUUGCUGAUUCUGUGGUAGGAUUCUUGCCCAAUCCAGUAGUUGUUAAAUCACUUACUGAGUCCCCAUUCAAAGUUCAUUUGGAAAAACUCAGUUUGAGACAAAAGAAGCUGGAUGAAGACCUGCAAUUAUACCAGACACCUCUGGAGCUUAAAUUAAAACAUAGCACUGUUCAUGUGGAUGAACUGUGUCCUCUCAUUGUCCCCAAUCCAGGCGUUGCUGUCAUUCAUGACUAUGCAGAUUGGGUUAAGGAAGCAUCUAGAGAAUUAUUGGAAACACAAAUUGUGAAGCACUGGAGCCUGACAUGGACACUAUGUGAAGCCCUAUGGGGCCACCUGAAGGAGCUUGACAGCCAGUUGGAUGAUCCCAGUGAAUACAUUCAGAUUCUGGAGCGAAGAAGAGCAUUUUCUCGCUGGCUAUCCCAUACUGCCGCUCCUCAGAUUGAAGAGGAAGUCUCCCUGACCCGAAAAGACAACCCAGUAGAGGCUGUCUUCAGCUACCUCACAGGCAGUAGGAUUAGUGAAGCCUGCUCUUUGGCACAGCAGUCAGGUGAUCAUCGUCUUGCCCUUCUUUUAUCCCAGUUGGUGGGUAGCCAGUCAGUUCGGGAGCUGCUCACCAUGCAGCUGGUGGAUUGGCAUCAGCUCCAGGCUGACUGCUUCAUCCAGGAUGAGAGACUGCGCAUCUUUGCCCUGUUGGCUGGAAAACCGGUGUGGCAGCUCUCAGAGCAGAAGCAGAUCAAUGUGUGCUCCCAGCUGGACUGGAAACGCUCCCUUGCUGUCCAUCUUUGGUAUUUGCUUCCACCAACAGCCUCCAUUUCCAGAGCACUCAGCAUGUAUGAAGAAGCAUUUCAGAAUACCUCUGAAGGUGACAAAUAUGCCUGUUCCCCACUUCCUUCAUACCUGGAGGAGUCUGGCUUUGUGGUAGAGGAGGAACAAGACUCACGGAGACCACUUCAAGAUGUCUGCUUUCACCUUCUAAAACUUUACAGUGACAGACAUUAUGAUCUAAAUCAGCUGUUGGAGCCUCGAAGCAUAACUGCAGAUCCUUUGGACUACCGCCUAAGCUGGCAUCUGUGGGAGGUGCUGCGAGCUCUUAACUAUACUCAUCUCUCAGAGCAGUCUAAGGGUGUGCUGCAGGCCAGUUAUGCUGGCCAACUUGAAAGUGAGGGGCUCUGGGAGUGGGCCAUCUUCAUCCUCCUGCACAUUGACAACUCGAGCAUGCGUGAGAAGGCUGUUCGAGAGCUGCUUACCCGGCACUGCCAACUAAUGGAGACCCCUGAAUCUUGGGCUAAGGAGACUUUCCUGACACAGAAGCUUUGCGUGCCUGCUGAGUGGAUUCAUGAGGCCAAAGCAGUGCGAGCACACAUGGAAUCUGAUAAACACUUGGAGGCCCUGUACUUGUUUAAGGCUGGUCACUGGAACCACUGCCACAAACUUGUCAUUCGGCACUUAGCUUCUGAUGCCAUUAUUAAUGAAAACUAUGAUUACCUGAAGGGUUUCUUGGAAGACCUAGCACCUCCAGAGCGCAGCACUCUAAUUCAGGACUGGGAAAUGUCUGGGCUUGUUUAUCUGGACUAUAUUCGAGUCAUUGAAAUGCUCCACCAUAUUCAGCAGGUGGAUUGCUCAGGUUAUGAACUAGAACAGUUACACACCAAAGUGACAUCACUGUGCAGUCGGAUAGAGCAGAUCCAAUGUUAUAAUGCCAAGGACCGCCUGGCUCAGUCAGACAUGGCCAAACGUGUAGCCAACUUGCUGCGGGUGGUACUGAGCCUGCAGCAUGCCCCUGAUGCAGCCUCUGACUCAACACCAGAUCCUCAGCAAGUCCCUUUGCGCCUGCUGGCUCCACACAUUGGUCGGCUCCCCAUGCCUGAGGACUAUGCCUUGGAGGAACUGCGCAGCCUCACACAGUCCUAUCUGCGAGAACUGACUGUUGGAAGUCAGUGAACCCCAGGCUUUUGCCACCACACUCACAUGUUCAUUCACACUCAUCACAGUGGUCCCCGGCAUUGUUUUGAUUGCCACUGUUUGACAUUCUGGGUUGGCUGUGGAAACCACCCCUCCCUUCCUGCUGCCUCAAGCAGCAUCCCACAGUUGUUCAGGGCUUUUCUUAAUACUGAAUAGAGUGUAAGGGCUUCUGGAACCAAAAAAAAGGAGGCAAGUCUCCUUUUACCAUCCUCAAGACCAUUCAACUUUUUUUUUUUUUUUUUUUUUUUUUCCCUUUUCAAAAAUGGUCAAUAAAGCUCCUUUGGCAGAAUCCCCCAAAGAACCAGAGAAUUCUUUUCCCCUCCCAGCAUUCUGGAUCUUAUGACCUUCCAUGCCAACCUGCCACCCUGCUCCAGCCCAUUUAUACUAGGACUAUUGCAAAGGAAACAGAGAUGGUGGACAAUUGCAUUGAUAUGGAACUGUCCUUCCUUAACAUAUAACUGUCCCCAGAAUAAAGGGGCAUUUGUUCUCUGAAGUAGAUUGGCUAAUUAAUACUGAGUUUUGGAGUCAAAAGAGGGAAUGAUUUUGAAAACAGAACAGGGUCUUUCUGACACAUUUAGGAUACAGGAGUGUGCCUGCCAUGGAGGGACAUGUUCAAAGCUUGUGAAUGUUCCAUGAACACAAUACCUUCCCUACUACCAUGUAGGCUGUCCUUGGUCACAUAUGUCUCUGGGAAGCUCCCAGAACUUGGUUUAGUCCCUGAUUAUUAGUUGCCCUUCUAGAACGCCUGUCUGGAUUUGUCUGAAGAGUUUCAAUAAAAUGGCAGGUUGGGUAGCCCUACCUACCCCUCCCAUUCUAACCCCAAAGCAUUUCCCACCCUCCCAGAAGGUAAAUCUCACUGCAGGCAAGGGGCUGAGUUUUAAGGACAAGCAGAGGCUCUUCUUUACAUUGCUGCCAGCUAUGGGGAGCUCUACAGAUUGGCCUGAGACAAUUGGUGGUUAGGGCUGUCACAGACAACAUGCCACUCCUUGGGUCUUUAUGCAUGAAGAUUAUGUAAAGGUUUUUAUUAAAAAAAAAAUAUAUAUAUAUAUAUAUAAAUAAAUG